GGGGCCUCCUCGAGCCCAGAAAAACGACAACGCGAGAAAAAUUAGUAUUUUUGCACUUCACAAAUUAAUGACCAUGAGUUCGUUUUUGAUAAACUCCAACUACAUCGAGCCCAAAUUUCCGCCUUGCGAGGAAUAUUCGCAGCUCGGCGGCGGCGGCGGCGGCGGCGGGAGCAGCUACCACCACCACCACCAGAACCAGCCCCACCACCAGCAGCCCCAUCACCACCACCCUCAGCCGCAGCAGCACCUGCGCCAGCAGCACCACCAGGCUCACCCCGGCCAGCCUCUCCCCGAUUACUACCAGCGGCCGAGCAGGGAGCCCGGAUACCAGCCGCCAGCGCCUCCGCCGCCUCCGCCGCCUCCUCCUCCUCCCCCCGAGGCGCUCUACCCCGCGCAGCCACCCCACCACUACCCGGAGUCGCCUUAUAGCUACAGCAGCCUCAGCGCCACUCCGGGCCAGGAGCAACCGCCUCCCGGAACCUCGCCGCCACCGCCUCCUCCGCCGCCCCUGCCUCCUCCUCCGCCACCGCCUGCUCCACAGACUCCCGCGCGGAAGGGCCACCAUGUCCCGAGCCAGCCCUUGCUCCAAGGCCACGUCCCGCCACCGCCUCAGCCCCACCAGCGCCAUUGCGAAGCAGCGGCGGCGACAGCGCCCGGGGGAAUCCCUGCCUGUCCGCUCUUGCCGGACAAGAACCUGCCCGGCCUGAAAGGCAAGGAGCCGGUGGUGUACCCUUGGAUGAAGAAGGUCCACGUUAACACGGUCAACCCCAAUUACACUGGAGGCGAGCCCAAAAGGUCUCGAACUGCCUACACCAGACAGCAAGUCCUGGAGCUGGAGAAGGAGUUCCAUUUUAACCGCUACCUGACCAGGAGGCGACGCAUCGAGAUCGCGCACACGCUCUGCCUCUCCGAGCGCCAGGUCAAGAUCUGGUUUCAGAACAGGAGGAUGAAGUGGAAGAAGGACCACAAGCUGCCCAACACCAAGAUGCGCUCCGCCAACCCCUCCAGUCUUAGCCAGCAAGCCAAAGCGUCAGCACAGCACCAUCAGACACCACUACCCAGGGGUAGGGCGACCCCAAACUCAGCAGCGCUCUGAUGGCCCGACAGACGCAGGGACACCCUAACCCAUCACACGUCCCGCUCCUGCCUGAUUUAAUUUGCCAUAGGGACUAUAUUAAGGGGCAUAAAUGCAGAACAAGAGCCAGUCACAGGGCACGUGUGUUAAAACCAAAAACCAAAAACAAACACCUUGGACAAAGUGUUCACCUUCUGUAAAUAUGACCUUUCCAUCCCCACCAUGUUUCUUUUUUUAAUUUAUUUAUGGAAAUACGGUCCACCUGCAGCGUCAUUAAAGAGUUGAGGAUGGAUCCUGUACCCAAAAAGGACCCUUUGCAGAUAUGUUUUAAGGUGUCAACAUAUGUUAAUAAGUGACUUUGUGAAAUGUGUGUGUAAAUCAUAGACUUUGUCUUGUUUCGUGGAACAUUCGUGGACUCUCAAUUACAGACAGAAGCAAACCCAUCUUAUUACCUGGAAGUAUUUUGGAAGUUGGAGUGGGGGCGAUGCCCAGAGACCCCAGCACCCUCCAGCCCUUACCGACCAAGAAAGUAUGUUUUCUGUGUAAUAAGAACAAAAAAGUGUAGUCUCUGCUGUAGUCGUGAUACGUUAUCCUCCCCCGAAGCUGCAUUUAUUACUCUAAAAAAAGGAAAAAAAGAUAAAAGUACACCAAUAUUGCUAUAAAGGCUAUUUCUGUCUUCGUGUCUUGCCAUAGUCAAACGUCCGUUUACAGUUUGUGAAAUCCAUGUGUACACAUUUGUGAAUGUGUGAUGUAUAUAUAAUGUCCAGUGCUGGUAAUAAAACAAAACAAAACCACACCUCUCUGUACAAAAAUAAAACUUAAGGCACUAGACACACCGUGAGAAGCGUGCAUUUGCCUAGGAUGUGACUUUGUUGACAUAAACAUGAAAACUCUCGAGGAUGUCAUGUGUACAUGCUGUUCAACCCAUUCCUUAGGAGAGGCCGAGUGCCUGCAUUAUAGUUGAAUUAGUUUUAUUAAGGAGUAAUGUUUCUCCUUCCCAAGCACCCUAACCACUUUAUGUGUAAGGAAGCCACAUAGUUUUCUAUGAAGCUGGCUUCCACAUAGGACCAUAGACCAAAGCCCCUAGGGAAACCAGAGAGUUGGGAGUAAUUCCCAUGGAAACAGGUUGAGGGGGGGGGGUGUUGUUGUAGAUGGGCUGAAUAGGCUGCCAUCCAAGUACCCGGUUUUAAAUGAGUUGUGGAUCGGCCUGCGCAGCCUGCCCAUUUCCCCAAGGAGGCGCUUCGGCUUAGCCACUCCUACAGGAUACAGUCCACUGUGUGUAGAACAAGAAAGGCGUCCCCCCAAAAAAAAUCUCAUUUAUGACACGAGUCCUCUGCCUACACCAUUGGGGAAAUAUAGCUCUUGCCCGCCUUGUGUGAAGAGAAACGGGACUAUUCCAGUAGAAUGAAGUGAAUAAUAACAGUAAUAGUAACACUGCACUAUCAAUGCUUAAACAUACUGCAGCAUCAGUAGUGACCCCUUGGUUUAUUCUAGCUGCAGCAACUUUCCACAGGGGGGAAAGAGGGACGAGUUGCAAUGGCCACCGCUCUUUGGCAUGGGAACAAACCGGAAACGUUAAAGCCGCACACCCAAAACAUUAUGGUAAAGCUCAGAUGAUGCCCUUGACAUGGAGGUUCAUGGGGGGGGGUGUCUCCUGAACAGCUUAACCAACCCAUGCAAUAAGUACAGGUGAAAGUUGCUAGUUUAAUUAUUCACCUCCGUUGAUGUUUACUCCGAGGCAAGUCCCACUGUUGCACGGUGAGGGCUUAUUUCCAGGUAAGUGUGUCUAGGGUUGCACUCUUAUAAGUAGCAAUUCUUCAAUCUCCUUCUGGAGAGUGGAAUACGGUUCUGGGCCCUUUCUGAUAUACAGAACUAUAAUCCGAUGCUAGUUUAUACUGGAGACUUAAAUGGCCCAUUGAGUCCAAAAGCCUGUAGACGGCUCAGCCAGAACUGUCGUGGAAGCAUAAGCAGAUAGUUUAAAUGUACCCUUCGACCAUUGGGCUGGGGAGGGUAACACCGCCAUUUGAACAGUUAUGGUCUCACUUGCCGUGCAAAAGAGAAGUAAACGUUGCUGUGAAUAAUCUGGAAGUGUGCGUCGAACUGAACCACCCCAAAGGACUUCCUUCCUUAUUUACUAUAUCCUUGAAGUGCCUUGUCCCGCAUGUUUGUUUGUUGUUAAGAAGUAAAAGAGAAUAGGCUGGAAAACAAUAUCUCCCCCUCCCUGUUAACAUGGACCUCUUUUGUCUAAAGUCUUUGUUUGGUCUACCCUGGAGAAUUCUCUUCUGCUAAAUCCACUGACGCUCGAAAACCAAGAGGAGUGUCCCAAACUGUUAAAUCAAUGAUUAGUAUUGAAAUAUGAUUGCGGAUCUUCCCUGACUUCCGUAGUCUUACGCUUGGAGCACCCCCCUUUCCCUCCCCCCCUCUUUCUCCAUGGAGGGGGGGGAGAGCCCGAAAUGAAAUCACGCUGAAAAUAGCAAUUUUACUAGGAAUCAUUAAUCACCUCCUACAAUAAAUACUUCUUUGUAAUUCAACAGCGAU